AUGAGUGGUCAAGGUAAGGACCCCGUGAGAAAUCGAUCAAGACAAAGGAAUGAUUCGGAAAGCUCGAGUUCGUCAUCAAGUUCGAGCAGUGAUUCGUCUGCAAAGAAAAGACGUCGUCAUAAAAGGCGGAAUCAAUAUUCAAACAAUGAGGUGAAAAAACUGGCAAAGGAGGUAAGCGAGUUGCGUAAAUUGUUUUGCCGUCCUGUUAGCAGCACUCCAAACUACCCGCCAGCCGAUAAUUUAAAUUUUAUCGAUCAUGAUGUUAGUGGCGAUUUGUAUGACGACGUGUUGGCCGAUGCUAAUGUUGGUAAUGAUAUUGUUGUCGAUCAACAAGUUGCCGCGGACGCCCCUGCCCAGUCAAAGUUUUCUAUAAAUUUAGAAACUAGCGUAAAAGCACCUGCAAUUCCAAAAACACCCGAUAGUUAUCUCGAAGCUUUGCAAAAAUUAAAUCGUUUUACUAAUAAAACGUGGACCGAUGUGCGUUAUCUGGAUGUUCAAAAACUGUACACGCAUUCUCCCGGUUUUGUGGAGUUAGAAACCAAUGAGGAAGUGCUAGCUUAUGAUACAUCUAAAUCAUUGUCACAUACAGAGCGAUCGUACGCUGCGCUUACUUUUGCGUUGUUAAAGCAAAAAGAAACGAUUGAGAACAAUAUUCGUGAAUUCCUUGACUGGGCACAGGGCUAUAGUCAAUUGACGUUUGCAUCAAUCAAAGAAAAACUAGAAGGACUUUUCGAUACAGGUGAGUUUCAUAAGGUGUCCGUUGAUGCUUUACAACUUGUGUGCGGUCACCGAGCUGAUAUAGUUGAACAGAGAAGGGACUUGAUACUGCGGGCAGUGCGGGACCCGCUCGACAAGUCCAAUUUACGGAAAAUUCCACCUGCUGCUACCAACCUGUUUGAUCCUCAACCUUUCGCAGCCGCACUCGAGAAGGCUGGAGGCGUUCGCAAGGCUUUUUGGCCUAAACCAAGGUCAUCCACCAGUGCCCCUGCUGCGCAAGCAGGUAGCAGUGGAAAUGUGCAUCGCCCCGCGCAGGGGUUCUUUGCUGCUAAUAUGCCUGCGCAAGGCUAUCAAUAUUCAAGUAAGAGGCGUGGCCCUCCUCAAUACACACCCGCGCAGGGUAUGUGCAGUCAUUAUCCCACGCAGGGACCAGGUCCCAGCAACUGCCAACAUUGUCCUGCGCAAGGAACAAACAAUGGUGGGGAUCAGAGGGCAAAUCAACGCCGCGAUAACACCACUUAUCGUCCCCGAAACUGGCGACCUAAUAGGAACGGGCGCGACACCCGUGGCAAUAAGCGGAGUGCAUCCCCUUCGUACAAGGAUAAAUCUAAUAAGCGAAGGCGCUUUUGA